GAUACUUUUCAUCUACAUUUCAAUAUGGAUUUAUUCAUUUGCAACAAAUGCUUCAUCCCGAUAUACAGAGGACAUCGGCCGUACAACAUUACACAGUGCGGCCACAUUUUCUGCCAGAAGUGUACGCAACAAGUGGAAAGGCAGUGUCCACGAUGUCAAUAUAUCAGUCCCGCAUAUAUACCGUUAAAAGAUCUGAUGCCUACAACGAUCUCGUUUUUUGAACCUGUUAACGAAAUUUGGGAUAUGCUAUCAAAAGCAGAUAAUUUGCGAACUGAACAGAUGAAGAUAAUAAUGCAACGCUUUCACGAAAUUGAAGAAAAAUAUGGGAAAUUAAAAAGUGAUAUGCCUCAAGUUCAACAUAAUUUUAAAAUAUUAAGAGAAAGAUAUAUAAAUCUUAAGAACGAGACGGAAAAAGCCCGCAAAAAGUUAUUACAAAUGCAAAAUACAUGCAAAAUGCAAAAUAAUCAGCAAUCUGUAUUCUGCAAAAUGAACGCACCGAGAGAUUCCAAUUCUACUCGUAUACAUUUGUCAAGUACAGGAUGUGCCUCAACAUCAGUGAACUCUUCGGAAUUUUCUAAUGCGAUACCUAAAUAUCAAAUCGAUGCGGAUGGGUUUCGCGUACCCAAUCCAAAAUCCGGUAGUUCUCUUUUUAAAAAAGAUACGAAUUCAAAUUACAGUUUCAUGAAAUAA